AUGGCCGACGCACCUCCUCCUCCUCCUCCUCCACCUCAUGGAGCAAAUCCAAAGUCGACAUCCGGCGGUCUGCCCAACGGCAACUAUGAUAUCUUUAUCAUCCCACCCCACAGCUCGGGCUCUGGAUUCCUGUACCUACCUUCAUUGCAACCACAACGCAACUCUUUCAUCGCAGGAUUCGCAUGCGCUGUCUUUUGCUACCUGAUAUGGGUGACCGCUGUACCAGUGCUGGGUCAAUGGCUAUCGAUUAUUGCUGCUAGCGGAAGUGCCGGCGUGCUUCUGCUUGUCGCUGGUGUAGGCGCUGUCGCAUGGGCAUUUGGAAAGACUCAGGGUGAAAGCAAGCAGCAACGUCCUCAUAGCCCACCACCUCCUGGUGGCAGUGGUGGAGCCCAAGGGGGUGAAGACACAGAAGGAGCAAGCAAGCAUAGCAGAAACAAUAAUGGUCCUUACAAUACUUCGCAUUCCUCGGGCUCAGACCAUACACAUUCCGCACCACCCCCGCAUACCCCUCGACAAGAUUACUCGACUCCUCCACCAAGGCAGGAUUACAGAUCACCACCGCAGUCAGGAUACUACCCCCAACCACCACCAGAGCACAAUGCUCCUCGACCCCAGCCGCCACCAGAUUAUGCUGCUCCACCACCGCCUCAACCCGAAUAUAAUGCUCCUCCUCGAUACACCGCUCCACCGCCUCCUCCAACCCCUCAGCGAGAAACACCGAAGCCAGCCCCUCCACCUCGAACGAAACCCGCUCCGCCGCCAGCUCCCUCCCCAGAACCCUCAGCAAGGUCUGCAUCCGACGCUGCAGCAAGUUGGGAAAAGGCUCGAGAAGAAACCCGCAAGAGAGAGGAAGCUAGAAAGAAGGCAGAGGAGCUGAAGAAACUACGCGAAGAAGCAUUGAGGAAGAAGGAGGAAGCUGAGCGACAGGAAAAGGCGGCUAAUGAGAAGCGCAAAUGGGAGCAGGCCAGGGCCCGUGAGAAGGAAGCCCGCGAAAGAGAAGCAAGAGAGCGUGAGCUCAAGAGCAAGGAAACCAAAGAUCAGGAGACUCGUGAAAAGGAGAAGCGCGAGCGUGAAGCCCGGGAGCGGAUUGCAAGAGACAAGAAGGAAAAGGCUGCCGCCGCCGCAGAAGCAGCAAAAUCACCCAAGCCUACCAUUCCUGCCUCCAAGCAGUAUGAGCGCCCUAGUGCGCGAAGCUAUGCCAGCACUGAGACCACGAGUGCUUAUGACGCUCGUACAGUCAUAUCUUCCUCGACGGCAUCGUCCUACACGGAAACACUUUCCUCCUACGCGCCGUCAACAUCUACCGCUCGAACCAGUCCGCCUCCCGAAUACCGUGGACCGUACAACACAUCUGAUCCAGACAAGAUUGUCAUGAAGGCUGUCUACAUGUACAACAACACAACACCGAAAAAGCCUAUCAGCCAACUCGUCAGCGGCGAAGCUAAUGUCACCGAUGGCCUCGUCCUGAAAAUAAACACCGAAGGGUUGUUCAUUGAUGAUGAUGUGCGUCGUGUUCCACAGCGGGAAUGGGAUGUCAAAGCCUGGAGUCUCAAGGGCAUCGAGAGAGGAACAUUGAAUCCUCAUUACAUACUGCGUGCCACAAUCAGAGACACAGAAGGCAAAUACUACGUCUUCGUCAUCCCAUCAGAUCAAGAGUGGAAGGUCGAUGUUGGGUUGGCUCGCCUGCGCAAAGGUAACUUGGUCCGCAGCAUGGGAAUGGGUAGCAUCAAGGCACCAGAGAUGAAAGGUUUGCUCAGCGAUCUGGGAUGGAUCUGA